UACUGCUCGAUAAAGUGUAGUCUGACGAAAAAGAUAAGUGGUGUAAAUGGUUUUUAUCUUCUGGCUACUAAGUAUUCUAUUUCACGAAUAGAACUUAGUUCUUUCUCAUCCUUGCCGGCAGACCCGCGUCGGGAAAAAAGUGCUCGGCAUAUUAGCAGUAUGGUGCUGUCAUCUAUCUCCAAAAUAUUUGAAAUUCCAUUAGAUUUUAUUUUCUGGAUAAAAUGGAUAAUAACGUAUAUUGCAAUACGCAUUCUCAGUGCAUUCCAACGUAAAAAGUUCGACUUGUAUGACAUCGAUGCCAUUGGAGAUCCUGUAAAAUUAGGAUACAUUGUGCCCCAGCUGGAAAAGGAAAUUGAAGCCCCGUUUCCGGAAUCUCAUUUACCAGAUGCUUCAGAUGAAAUUACUUUUUAUGGAGUGAAUUCAAAAUCCGAAAGCUUCUUCGUGCGUAUAUCUCGAGGACUUAAUCAGAAAGCUGAUGCUUUUGUUCAUCUGAAAUUAGCAACUGGUAAAACAUACAGUCUAGUGGAAACAGUGGGGUACCAAGAAUCAUCUGAUGGCUACUGUCAUGCUUUUUCUUGUGGGAAACUUCGAGUACAUUAUGUUUGCCCUAUGAGAAGAUGGAGGAUAUUUUAUUGUGGAAUGUUGAAAGAAACAUCGGAAAACAAGAAUGAUUUUGAAGAAUUAGUUUUUGUAAAAUUCGCAUUGUCGUGGAAGGCAUCAUCAGAUGUAUACGAUUUGACAGUAGACACCAAUCCUCAAGAAUUCGCCAAUGCAAUAGCGAGAUCGGAUUGGGAAUUACCUCUAGUGCCACCAAUUCAAAAAUUUAAUGACGCCUUUAACUUAUAUGCUCAAACCGGAGUGAUUACUGGAACCAUUUCGGUAAAUGAUGGACCAGACUAUGAAAUUUAUUUAUUUGGAGAAAAAAUCAGAAAUCUUGGUAAAAAUGAUGCUGCCUCAGGAUGUAAAUUCACAACUAUUUUAGGAAAUUCUCCAUCAGAUGGAACACAUUUUCAUUUGUCAGAAUUUUCGAUUCCACAUACUUGCAAAAAUUUGCCUUUGGGAUUCCUUGUUGAACAAGAUGGAGAAAUACAACUCCUGAAGAAGUCAGAUAUCAGUGUUAAACCAUUUACUGCUGAAAGUUCACAAAGUUCUUUCGAAGCUCAUUUCACAUCAGAAAACAAUUAUGUAGUAUCCGGAACUGUAAAGGAGCCUAUUACUUUCAGCAAUUCUCAAGGAUGGAUCGGAUCUUUUGAAUUAUCUUCCGUUGAAUUCACUGUGAAUAAUAGAAAAGGUUUUGGUUUUAUUUUGUCAGGGGAAAUUAAAAACCAGCCUAAGAAACCGAAACCUACACUUUCGAUAGGAUUUCCGGAUAUUGUGCCACUGACAGUUCAAUUCACUGAGGAUGCAUCUCAUUUUGGCGAAAUUUCUGGUGGAAAAGGAUCCUCUCUUGGAAAACUGACAUUGCUAAGUGAGAGAGAAAAGACAUUUACUGUGCCGAAAGGAAUCGUUGUGACAACAGCUGCUUACAGCGAAUUUUUGACGCAAGAAAUUCGUGAUGGCUUAAAACAUUUAGAAAAUGUUGCUUAUGGAAAUGAAGAAGGCGAUUUGAAAGAAGUUUGCUCCAAGGUACAUGACAUUGUAAAGAAUACUUCACUACCUAAUAAAAUUCGCAGUAGAAUUAUCGAAGAUCUGAAGGAAAUAUUCGGAGAAGAAGUGAACCACCGAAAAUUUGCCAUUCGAUCGUCAGCAACAGGAGAAGAUACUACAGCCAUGUCAGCAGCCGGGCAGAUGGACACUUUUCUAGGUGUUCAAGGUCUCGAAGAAAUAUUUUUGGCUGUACGAAAAUGCUGGGCAUCUCAGUUUGGUCAUAUAGCGAUCGAAUACAAAAGACGUUACGGACAAAUUUUGAAUUGCCCAAUGGCCGUUGUCAUUCAAGAGAUGGUAGCUUGUGAUGUAUCGGGCAUUAUGUUUACAUGUGAUCCGGUCACCAAUAAUCCAUCUGUUAUCACUGUAACUGCCAAUUAUGGAUUAGGGGAGACAGUCGUCUCAGGAUCUGUGGAACCAGAUACGUUUAUCCUUCGAAGAAAAAAUAAUGAUAAUAUUCUGGAACUAGAAUCAGUCACUGUUGGAAGAAAACAACAGAAAAUUAUCAUGAAAAGUUCUGGAGGAGUUAUUACGGAAGAUAUUGAUGAGAAUUUAAGAGACAACAGCUGCUUAUCAAAAGAGAUUGUAGAAAGAUUAGGCAAAAUCGGAAUCAAAAUAGAAGAAUUUUAUAAAUCUUCUAGAGAUAUAGAGUGGGGAAUUGUAAAUGAUAGUAUAUACAUCUUACAGUCUCGUCCCGUCACAAAUGCUACGGCCGAAACAGAUGACGAAAUCAUGCAUGAAUUUGAUGCCCCUUUAAGAUGGGAAAAUGAAUUUUUUACGACAGCGAAUGUUGGAGAGGUUAUGCCAAGCGCGAUUUCACCUCUAGGGAUUGAUCUUGCAACAAAAUACUUCAACAUUGGAACGAGAAGAUUAAUGACUGGGUUCGGGUUUUCUGAUAUUCUUUUCAAGUCUAAAUACUUUUUAACUGGUAUACUUAUAUUUAACUAUCGUAUGAUGAUGAAUGCUAUAGAGAUGAUCAUUCAGCAUGGUCUUGGCACGCCAAGCUCUGACGCUUUCAUGAUGAGUGUAUAUGGCAGAAUUUUAGACGAUCCAGAUCUAAUUCUGUGCGCCAAGGAAAGAAGCGCCAUUACGAAAAUGCCAAAAUUGACUCUGAAAGUCCUGAUAGCAACUAAAUGGAAUGCAUACUUCAGCGACUUCGGUAUACAAAAAAUUAAAAAAAGGAUUGUCAAUUAUCAUCAGAAAUUUUUGAAGCAGAAAACCGCAAAAGAAACGUUUAAAGCUUUGAUUAAUUCCUGCUCUGAUUUUGAUGAGGUAUGUGAAAGACAUAUGACAUGUUCAUCUGUCUCCUCGGAAUGGAAUAUGUCUAUGUACAAUGUUUUAUCGAAGGAUGCAAAAAAUAGUUCUGAUGUCUACAGUGAUUUUUCUUUGUUUUUGGCCUCUACUUCUGAAGUAGAAAGUGCAGAUGUUCCUCAAGCCAUGCAGAGACUGGCAUCACAAAUAACAAAAGAUAUUGGCCGUGAAAAAUUUCGAUCUAUGACAAUCGAGGAAGCUGAAGAAUGGUUAAAUACGACUACUUCAUUAUCUGGAAAUAAUUUCAAGCAAUUUCUUGAAAGGCAUGGCCAUAGAUGUAUUCAAGAGACAGAUGUGCAUUCUACUACUUGGUAUAUGGAUCCCAAACCAUUGAUCAAGAUUUUACAGAAUCUUGCUGGAGUAAAUAAAGGGGCAGAAAAGAAAGAAGAAAACAUCGACGAGAUAUUUUCCAAAGUCCACAUACCUUUGAGUUUCAAGUCUAAGUUAUAUCUAAGGUUUAUUUUGCCUCAGUGUCGUAGAUUUGUCCGAGCAAGAGAAGCAUGUAAGGCAAACACCAUGAAAUGCUUCGAUUACUGGAGAAAGGCCUGUAGACGUCUUGGAAAGCAAAUGGUAUCUGAAGGGCGCAUCCCUGACGAAGAUCUGAUUUUCUUUUUCACGUUUGAUGAAAUUCAAGACCUCCUAAAUACCAGAUCACCUGCUAUCAUUUCGAAAGCCAUUCAUCGGAGGAAAGUGUUUCCAACUCUUCAAAAAUUUAAAUAUCCUGAAAUAAUGAAAGGUCUUCCAAAACCGAUAAAUUAUGAAGAUGAAUCAGCAGAUGCUUACCAAGAUGUUGCAGAUUUAGUUAUGAAAGGCACACCUGUAAGCCAAGGUAUUGCAAAAGGAUACGCUAGAGUAGCUUUGAAUAUUAAUGAAGCAAGUCACUUGAAGCCUGGCGAGAUUUUAAUAACUCACAGCACGGACAUUGGUUGGAGUCCUUAUUUUCCCAUUAUCGCUGGGGUGGUAACUGAAAUUGGUGGACUUAUUUCACAUGGAGCUGUUGUUAGUCGCGAGUAUGGUUUGCCCUGCGUCGUCGGCCUGCAAGAGGCCACGAGAAAAUUUCGCACAGGCGAUUAUGUUCUGCUGGAUGGGAAGAAAGGAGUUUUGCAAAGGUUACCAAACCCGAACAGCAAUGACAGAAACGAAGUUACAAUUUCAUAGCAAAUGUUUCCAUUUACUUAUUUAUAUACACUGUGAAAAGCUGUUUCAUUUUGAUAAUCAUUUGCCAAUUUUUAUCUAUUCUAAAAACAUCAAUUGUUGAAGAAUCGAUUUCAAAAAUUAUAUUUAUUUACUGUGUGUUUGAAAUAAAUAUAAAAUGCUCUUUAAAAGUU